UACCAUUACAGUGGGUGCUACUUGCUAGUCUUUAGGCCCUAGCUAAUUUGUUAGCUACCUGGGUUUUCCCUCGUUUUGUCUGCUUGGAUUGUCGUGCAUUGUUGACCGACACACUGCGACACGCAGAGCAAUCGUCAGACAACCAUGGCAGAAACCGAACCUCAAGUCCAGUUUAAGCUCGUGUUGGUGGGUGAUGGUGGUACCGGAAAGACUACAUUUGUGAAGAGACAUUUGACGGGGGAGUUCGAAAAGAAAUAUGUCGCCACUCUUGGGGUGGAGGUUCAUCCUUUGGUCUUCCACACUAAUAGAGGAGCCAUAAAGUAUAAUGUCUGGGACACAGCUGGUCAGGAAAAGUUUGGAGGCCUCAGAGAUGGGUAUUACAUUCAAGCUCAGUGUGCGAUCAUCAUGUUUGAUGUCACAUCUCGAGUGACCUACAAGAACGUGCCCAACUGGCAUCGUGAUUUGGUCCGUGUCUGUGAAAACAUUCCCAUUGUGCUUUGUGGCAACAAGGUGGACAUCAAAGACAGAAAAGUGAAGGCCAAGAGCAUUGUCUUUCACCGCAAGAAGAAUCUGCAGUACUACGACAUAUCUGCAAAGAGUAAUUACAACUUCGAGAAGCCCUUCCUCUGGCUGGCGCGGAAGUUGAUCGGCGACCCCAACCUGGAGUUUGUGGAGAUGCCUGCUCUGGCGCCACCCGAAAUUGCCAUGGACCCCUCACUUGCUGCACAGUAUGAGCAUGACCUUAAAGUGGCAUCAGAAACAGCUCUGCCAGAUGAGGAUGAUGAUCUUUAACAUGUGACUCUUGUACUCUCUCUCUUGCCAUUGGUGGCCAGAAGUCAUCAGGCUCUUCAGUGGCGACAGAGUUUGCCCCU